GAUGGCGUGUCAAGUGGAGAUGAGAGUGAGAAUAAUUGGAUUACAGUGGAAAAUGCAAAAGGAAAUAAGAGAAGUAAACUGCUAGUGGACUCUAGACUCCAAGCGUAGUUAUGACAAUUUUUAGGUCGGAGUAAAGGUUUUGGAUCGAUGUUGUCCGAUUGAAGUCUAUAGAAAUUGUGGUUUGAGGUGGCGUCGAUGAGAGUAACGAGAGGUGUGCACUUUUUGUUGUGUGUAUCUUUGGAACAGAAGGAGCGUGCUCUGCGCCUCAAGAAGAUAUCGGAUUGGAAUGUGACGUGUGUGGCUCUUCGAAGCAGAGCGCAUAUCCAGGGUGUUUUCUCUGGGGUGGCACUAGAAGUGAAAUCAAAGGAUAUAUGUGAAGAAUUGGAUCAAGUUGUUGGUGCACACCGACUAACCCGCGAAGUAGAUGGCGCGAAGAAGCCCACUCCAUCCAUUCUAUAGUUUAAAAAAAACGAAGUCUCUUCUCCCUUCACCUGUGUAUUUUGAUUUUAUGAGAUACCCUGUGAGAGCCUUCAUGCCCAAACCCACAGUGUGAUAAAUGCAAAAUAUUUGGUCACGUGUAUGUAGAUGGGCAGGGUAUCGUAUGCCAGCUGAACCACUUUUUUUUAAUUUUACCUUUAUUUAAUUAACUAGGCAAGUCAGCUAAGAACAAAUUCUUAUUUACAAUGACGGCCUACCCCGGCCAAACCCUAACACGCUGGGCCAAUUGUGCGCCACACUAUGGGACUCCCAAUUACGGCCAGUUGGGAUACAGCCUGGAAUCAAACCAGGGACUGUAGUGACGACUCUAGCACUGCGAUGCAUUGCCUUAGACCACUGCGCGACUCGGGAGGCUUCUGCUGUAAUUGCGUUGGUGAACAUGCACCCGAAUUUCUGAAGUGUCCUGUUAGGGCGAAGGAGACGGAGGCGGUAAGAAUAUGGACUGUCCAGCAUGUCCUAUCCGGCGGCGGUGAGAAGAGUGGAAGAAAGGAGUGAAGUUUAAGAAAUAAUGUUAAUAGGAGUAGAGACACCAGAUACUAUUAAUUGUCAGAGGGAUCCUGACAUGUUGCAUGUUAAGAAGGUGGACUUUAGCGUUAAUUGCAUUGGUUAUCAUCUGCACAGGGCAAACAAGAGGACAUCUAAGAGAAUAGGUAUUGUGAGUGCGGCUGAGUAUUUUGUUGGGACUGUGGUAUUUUUAUUUUUUUACAGCAGAGGCAUUACAAGGAAUGCUGUCGAUGAAUGCUCCAUCUUCACAUGCACCUAAGCCUGUUUAUGGAUGGGAUUUUAACUGUGACUGGAGGAGUGAGAUGUUUUUUAUUUUGUAUAACCUCGUGUUCCCACCCCAUCCCGCAAUGAAAUAUAUUUUGUUUCAAUACCCGGUGCAGUAGAUGGCGGCAAUAGACAUACACCAAUCGGUGUAUUCUGCCAAACAACCUUAAAAAGAAAAAGAAGAAGAAUAUGACAGCGCAGCGGUUGUUAUGGAGAAGCAUUUCCCCUGAAGGCUGGAGAAACAUUGGAGAGUUGGCGUUGGGGACAGAAAGCAGCUGAUCGGUUUCAGACGGGCUGAGAGCACGAGCUCGCGCUUCUGUCAGACUGAAUAAACUCCAUAGGUGUCAGGGGAGGGAGGUAGAAUGUUAUGUAUUCUCAGCAGCACAAUGGACCCUUGAGACGCCUUGAUGCCGGACUCUUCCUGAUUUCUGAAGCACCACCUGCACUGGCCUAUUACAGGACUAGAAGACUGACAAGUGAUCCAAUCCCAUGCAGCCCCCACCUCUGACCAACCUCUGCCUUUCCAUUCUCUCGUACUAUUGCACUCUGAAUUAAGGUUCUCUGCAGUAUAAGUCCAAAUGUCUUUAUUUUGUAUUUAUUUUUUACCUCAUUGAUAUAUAUAUAUUUUUUUACAGGGACCUCACGAUACAAUACUUAGGCGCCGAUAUGUAUUGUGUUUCUCAUGAUAGUUAUUGUGAUUUGAUACUGUGAUUUUAUUGCGAUUUUGAUGUUCCAAACAUAUUGCUCACCACAUGUCAGCUGCAGAGAGUCAAGAGAAAGCAUGAGAAAAUUAGUUUUGAUCUUUCAUGGAAAUAAGUGGUGAAAACAUGUUGGCUCACUAUUUAAGAAGAAGAUGGAGAACAAGCUAUAGGAUGACUAGUGCUACCUAAUGCUUCCUAGCAAGAAAAAUACAUUACAAAUCGAAAGUAGCGAUUUAUAAUGGAACUAUAUCGAUUUAUCAUUAUAUUUUUUUAGCAGUGAUAUGGAUUUAAGGACUGAAAUAUGGUUCAAAGUUGUUUUUUUCCACUUUCUACUGCUAAAAUCCAGGAUCAGAUCAGAUCAGUGAAACAGGACAGGGGAGGGGGUGGGGGGAGGGCUUUGGCGUGGCAUGGCAGAGCACGGCGAGCUGCUCGGUGAGAUGGCCACGAUUGGGCGUCUGAGCGCCACAGAGCGCUUGAAGCAUGCCCAGAAGCGGCGUGCCCAGCAGCUAAAGGGCUGGGCCCAGAUGGACAAGGACAUGGCCCGCGGCGAGGGCAAGGCCGGCCAGAAAAGCAACAAGAAGGGGCGCACGCGCAGGGUGGUCUUCCCCAACAACAUCACUCUGCUGGAGGCUGCAGCCCGCAAUGACCUGGAGGAGGUGAGGGAGCUGCUGAACGGUGGAGUCAGUCCAGAUCUGUACAACGAGGACGGACUCACUGCCCUUCACCAGUGCUGCAUUGAUGACUUUGUGGAGCUGGUACAGUGUCUGUUGGACGCCGGGGCCAGUGUGAACGCCUGUGACAGUGAGCUGUGGACGCCGCUUCACGCUGCUGCCACCUGUGGACACACAGACCUGGUGCGGCUUCUCGUGCAGUCUGGAGCAGAGCUGCUGGCUGUCAACGCUGAUGGCAACAUGCCCUAUGACCUUUGUGAGGACGAGGCCACUCUGGAGCUGCUAGAGAUGGUCAUGGCAGAGCAGGGUAUAACCCAGGACCGUAUAAACCGGUGUCGUGGGGCUAAGGAGAUGAAUAUGCUCACAGAUCUUCGAGUGCUAGUCCAGAAUGGAGCGGACCUGAACGCUCAGGAUGACAACGGGGCCACGCUGCUGCACAUAGCGGCGGCUAAUGGCUAUUUGUCGGUGGGGGAGCUGCUACUGGAGCACCGGGCCAAGGUGGAGCAGAAGGACACGGAUGGCUGGACACCACUCCACGCCGCCUCCUGCUGGGGACAGAUCCUGAUGGUGGAGCAGCUGGUGGCUCAUGGGGCCAGUCUCAACACCAAGUCUGUCCUGGAAGAGACGCCGCUGGAUGUGUGUGCUGACGAGGAGGUGAGAGUCAAGCUGAUGGAGCUGAAGCACAAACACGACGCAAUCAUGAAGAGUCAUGACCGACACAAGGGCACCUUGCAGAGACGAGCCUCCAGCACUGGCAGCAGAGGUAAGGUGGUGCGGCGUGUGAGCGUCAACGAGCGUUCCAGCCUGUACCGGCGGGAGCACCACAAGGAGGCCAUGGUGUGGCAGGAGAGAGGCCGGCAGGCCGAACCGCAGGACGACGACGACGAGGACAGACAGACGGACAACGAGCUCCACCAGCACGUUGCCAUGGCUGCAGGUACCAUGUCGAGGCUGGAGAAUGAGGAGGGAGCGGAGAGGAAGUCUAGUCUGGGGAACGGUGGGACGCCCCUUGCCCUCUCGGCGUCUGUCCCAGGGGAGAAGUGGAGUGGAGGCCGGAUGGACCGCAGUGCCUCCUACCAGCUGAGCCCUGCCUCAGGGUCUGGGGAGGAAAGGGACAACAUGACCCUGGAGAAAUCCCACCAGACUCUAGCGGACCUGAAACGCCAGCGGGCCGCGGCCAAGCUCAACAAGUACCCCGCCCCACCUCUACUCCCUCCCUCAGAGGAGGAACCUCCCUCUCCCACCCCUCUGCAGGAGGUGACCCCCUCCCGAGCUGUCCAGGAGACCCCCAGCACAGAGGUGGCCUUUCCCAGCUCUGUGUACUUCACUCCAGCCAGCGGGGACCCGCCCCUGCUCAAACUACGAGCCCCAGAGGAGGACACGUCCAACAACACCAAGGAGCCCUGCUGUGGAAUCAUGUAGAGACAUACGAACACUCCCAAGCCACAAUGUAGAGACACACAAACACUCCCAAGCACCCACUGCCUGACUGGAAAUGAGGGGAUGUGUAACACUCCUAUGUGGCAAACCGAUUUCAAGUCAAAACACUACGGUGACCACCAGAUAUACUUUUAAGGAUUCAUUGCAGUUUGAUUCGUUUGAAGCAUAUUAUUUGGUUCCGUCAAUGAUAUGCCGUUGAAUGUUUGGUCUUAACUCCAUUUUAGUAAAUGUAGUAGUACAUUUUAUCUUCUUGCACAGAUUUAUUUUAAACUCUCCUUCUUGAAAAAUGUCAAACAUUUAAUAUAUGAGCACUUAACAUAAUGUUCCUCAUUGCUCCUCUGAGGGUGUGGCCAGAUCCAUAUAUUUCCAUAUGGAUAUUUCUCUGAGUCUAUUUGGAUCUCAGGAGACCUUAUAUGGCCACCUGGUGGCUUUUUAGGCUGUGUGGAGACCUACAGAUACCAGUAUUACUCUUGCAAUAGCACUGAGUACUUUCCUCUUAAGUCCCUUUUUUCAUGUGUGUUUGGGGCAGUUCAAUAAGAGUUCUCACACUAGGAUGUAUCAAGCACAUACUGUAUGAAUUGUUCAUCUGACUUCAGUGAAUAAGAUGUGCUUAUUCAAAGCAGAAAGGGGCAAGAGCAGAAUGAACCAAACCUGAUUAUUAUGCUUUUUUUCAAGUUGAUAAUCGGACCAAUGAAUGAUCUUUCCUACUUAUGAUUGACUGAACAUGAUUUUAGAUGUGCACUGUAACUUGAUGUGUACUAUUGAUUGAAGGGAAGCACAGAUUAUGAUCGAGAGUGAGGCGAUUUCCUAAAGUGAUUGAUACAAAAGGGUACAUGAUAGCAUUUAUUGAUCUUACAGUGCAUCCUGGAAGUAUUCAGACCACUUGACUUUUUCCACAUUUUGUUUCAUUAUGGUCUUAUUCUAGUUUUUUCUCCCCUCAAUCUACAGACAAUACCCCAUAAUGACAAAGCAAAUUUAUUACAAAUAAAAAAAACUGAAAUAUCACUUUUACACAAGUAUUCAGACCCUUUACGCAGUACUUUUUUGAAGAACCUCUGGCAGGGAUCACAGCUUUGAGUCUUGGGUAUGACGCUACAAUGUCAUGCUUCAACAUAGGGAUGGUAUUGGCCAGGUGAUGAGUGGUGCCUGGUUUCCUCCAGACGUGACGCUUGGCAUUCAGGCCAAAGAGUUCAGUCUUGGUUUCAUCAGACCAGAAAAUAAAUAUUUUUUCUCAUUGUCUGAGUCUUUAGGUGCCUUUUGGCAAACUCCAAGCGGCCUGUCAUGUGCCUUUUACUAAGGAUUGGCUUCCGUCUGGCCACUCUACCAUAAAGGCCAGAUUGGCGGAGUGCUGCAGAGCUGGUUGUCCUUCUGGAAUGUUCUCCCAUCUCCAUAGAGGAACUCUGGAGCUCUGUCAGUGACCAUCAGGUUCUUGGUCACCUCUUUGACCAAGGCCCUUCUCCCCUUGAUUGCUCAGUUUGGCAGGGCGGCCAGCACUAGGAAGAGUGGUGGUGGUUCCAAACUUUUUCCAUUUAAGAGUGAUUGAGGCCACUGUGUUCUUGGGGACCUUCAACGCUGUGGAAAUGUUUUUGUACCCUUCCCAGAUUUGUGCCUUGACACAAUCAUGUCUACUGACAAUUCAUUCGACUUCAUGGCUUGAUUUUUGCUCUGACAUGCACUGUCAACUGUGGGACCUUAGACAGGUGUGUGUGCUUUUCCAAGUCAUGUCCAAUUAAUUGAAUUUACCACGGGUGGACUCCAAUCAAUAUGUAGAAAAAUCUCAAGAAUGAUCAAUGGAAACAGGAUGCACCUGAGCUCAAUUUGUAGUCUCAUAGUAAAGGGUCUGAAUACUAAUGUAAAUAAGGUGUUUUUAUUUUUCAAAAAAACUGAUUUCACUUUGUCAUUAUGGGGUAUUGUGUGUAGAUUGAUGAGGGAAAAUGUUUAUAUAAGGCUGUAAUAAAAAGUGAAGGGGUCUGAAUUCUUUCAGAAUAUACUGUAUUUGUUUUCCAGACACUCCAGUCUCUGUCUGACAGGGUACAUAAGUGGGAUUGUUUUUAAGUUUAUUUUUCUCAUUGGUUUGAAUUUGCAUCACAUUUAAGUGGAGACAAGUGCUAUUGCCCUACCUUUCUCCUGAUCAGCAUUCAUCACUGUUCUUAAAAUGAUUAAUGAACAAAAAAAUAAUCUACUGUUCCAGUGCACUAAGAAAAUUAUACAUUUUUUUUCUAAAUGAUUGUAAGAGAUUAUUAUAUUUAAAUGAAGGUGUUUUUGUCAUGAUGUUCAAUGUUCCUCCUCAGGAUGACAACUUUCUCUAGGCAUUUCUAUUUGAGCACUUUCUAUACUCUGAAUAGUGAUGUAUGUCGUGCUCAGUGGCUCCAGUAGGUUGUCUUUAACCAUUCCUUCACAACAAACCUUUCCUUCCUAGAAACCAGGAUCUACCUUGUCUAAAUGAAAUGAAGGGGUCAUCAAAACACCUGACAGAAAUGUAUAGAAAACGAUCUUGUUUAACCUCGUCAGUGUGAUGGUUUAUCAACAGUAAGUGCCUUCUGUAGCACAGGAGGUUGGUGGCACCUUAAUUGGGAGGCACAGGCUCGGGGUAAUGGCUGGAGUGGAAUAGGUGGAAUGGUAUCAAAUACAUGGUUUCCAUGUUUUGAUGGUAUUCCAUUCGCUCCAUUCCAGCCAUUAUUAUGAGCCGUUCUCACCUCAGCAGCCUCCACUGUUCUGUAGGGUUGGCAAAGUGAAAAAUAUAGUGAACAAAAAUAUAAAUGCAACAUGUGAAGUGUUGGUUUCAUGAGCUGAAAUAAAAGAUUCCAGAAAUGUUC